CAAACACGAACAUAAAACGAGUUAAAAAAAAAAAAAAAAUCUUUGAAGAGUGGAGUGUCCGAGUAUUUAUACAGUUUUUAAGCUGCAAAAUUAAUUCGAUCGAAAAUCCAAAAGAAACCAGAGGAGAUGAACAAUUUAGAAGCAGUGGUAACGCAAAUCCAAGGAUUAUCGAGUUCCGCAACAGAUAUCGCAGCGCUUCACACUCAUUUAAAGCAAGCUGCUGAGUUGCUUCAUCUCGAGUCAACUCGGUCUUUGCCUUUUCUCGAACACCUCGACCCGUCCAUUCACUCUCUCGGUUAUCUCUAUAUCUUAGACGCAUGCACAUCGGGUCCAACUUCUAAAGAGCAAGCCAAAACGUUAGUCUUAAUAUUUGCCAGAUUUAUCACUUCUUGUGCGGCAGAGCAGAUUCGUUUGGCGCCUGAUAAAUUUAUAUCUGUUUGUAAGAGGUUCAAGGACCAAGUUAUGCUUCUUGAAGAACCUAUGCGCGGGGUUGCUCCCAUGCUAGCAGCUGUGCAGAAGAUUCAGUCUUCCUCUGCUCAUUUGACCGCUUUGCAUCCCGAGUUCCUUCAACUUAGUUUAUUAUCAAAGUGCUAUAAAAUUGGUCUUUCCAUUUUGGAGGAUGAUAUUUUUGAGGUUGAUCAUCCAAGGGACUUAUUUUUGUAUUCUUAUUACGGAGGGAUGAUAUGCAUUGGACAAAAGCGUUUUAAAAAAGCAUUGGAGCUUCUGCACAAUGUGGUGACCGCUCCUAUGUCUUCUAUAAAUGCUAUAGCUGUUGAAGCAUACAAAAAAUACAUACUGGUUUCUCUUAUUCACCAGGGGCAAUUUUCAACCAGUCUUCCUAAAUAUGCUUCGGCAGCAGCUCAGAGAAAUCUGAAGAAUUUAUGUCUGCCUUAUAUUGAGUUGGCAAGCAGUUAUAGCACUGGAAAAAUCACAGAACUCGAGACAUAUGUUCAAACAAACAGGGAGAAGUUUGAAAGUGACAAUAAUCUUGGACUGGUGAAGCAGGUUAUAUCAUCCAUAUAUAAGAGAAAUAUCCAGAGAUUGACGCAGACAUAUUUGACUCUCUCCCUACAAGAUAUAGCCACCACAGUGCAGCUCAAUAGCCCAAAGGAGGCAGAAAUGCAUGUCCUUCAAAUGAUCCAAGAUGGUGAAAUAUAUGCGACAAUCAAUCAAAAAGAUGGAAUGGUGAGAUUCCUAGAGGAUCCUGAGCAAUACAAAACCUGUGAGAUGAUUGAGCACAUUGACGGCUCAAUUCAGAGGAUAAUGGACCUGUCGAAGAAGUUGAGUGCAAUGGAUGAGCUCAUGUCAUAUGAUACCUUGUACUUAGCAAAGGCCGGGAGAGAGCGUCAGAGGUUCGAUUUUGAUGACUUUGACACUGUCCCUCAGAAAUUUAAUAUAUAAGGGAAGUAAGAGGCUUGACAGAGAAGAAGUGUUUAAUGGCAUUAGGCUUCAUAUUUUAUUUUGUAGGCUCUAUGUUCCAGGCAGGAGUAGACAUUUCUCCUCUUUUUUACUGAGAAUUUGAGCACUGUCACUCCCUAUUUUGGCCCAUAAAUUUGUGAUAAAAUGCGAAUUUUAAUCAUGAUUUAUAUGAAUCCGUCCUUUCUAUUUUCA